UUGAGGUAAUAACUAUUUUGCAGGAUUGUUUCAUCUCAUUUGAGAAUCAUUUUUUCUGCAGAGGGUGGUAUAGAACUCAUCUAAACAUGAUCCUAGAAGUUGUUACUUGUAAUUGCACGGGACUGAAUUAUAUGAUGAAAAGUGGAGCGAUAGGAUGCCUUGUUAUGAUACUAUGUUUCUCCGUCUUCCUCUUCUUCACUUCCGAGAUCCAUACGGACAGAUUGAGUAGAGAGAGCAAUCCAUCAUCAUUUGCAGCAUUGAAACUCCAAGUAACAGAAAAGCAUGUGCAUCUAGACAACGGUAUUGUUAAACUUACACUGGUGAAACCAAGCGGCACCAUUGCAAAGGUCGGAUACCAAGAAGUCGAAAACAUUCUAGACAAUCGACAUACGGAAACCCGUAGAGGUUACUGGGACAUGGUCUGGGUUAAAUCAAAUACAAGUCAGUACGAAGCAAUCCAUUGUACAAGCUUUAACGUUAUAGCUCAAACUGAGGAUCGGAUUGAAGUUUCUUUCACUAGCACAUGGAAUGUGUCCCGUGGUGAAAAUGUCGCGCCACUCAAUAUCGACAAAAGGUAUAUUGUCUUACGUGGAGUUUCUGGUUUCUACUCAUAUGCAAUAUUCGAGCAUUUGAAAGGGUGGCCCGCUGUGGACAUAGGUGAAGCAAGAAUUGUAUUCAAGCUUGAUGAGAACAUGUUUCGGCAUAUGAUAAUAUCGGAUGAUAUGCAACGGGAGAUGCCUUCUGCCAAUGACAGGAAAAGGGGCCGUACCCUUGAUUUCAAGGAAGCUGUGGUAUUGGAAAAUCCUGGCAAUCCAGCUCUCCAAGGAGAGGUGGAUGACAAGUAUCAAUACUCGUGCAACACAAAGGAUAACCGAGUACACGGAUGGAUUAGCUCGGAAUCAAAGGUGGGAUUUUGGGUGAUAAGGCCUAGUGAUGAAUUCCAAGGCGGCGGCCCUCUCAAACGAGACCUCACGUCACACGCUAGCUCUACUUCAUUAGCUAUGUUCUUGAGCAGCCAUUAUGUGGGUGUCAAUGUUAGAGUAAGGAAUGGAGAGGCAUGGAAGAAGGUGCUUGGACCUGUUUUCAUCUACCUUAACUCAAGGAUUAAUAAAACUAAACCAAACACACUUUGGGAAGAUGCUAAAACACAGAUGAUGAAAGAAAUCAAGAAAUGGCCGUAUGAUUUCCCAGCUUCAACUGAUUAUGUUCAUGCGGAUCAGCGUGGUACUAUCACAGGCCGGUUGCUUGUACGUGACAACUAUCUCAAUCGAGGCAAAACCGUCCCAGCUAAGUUUGCAUAUGUUGGACUAGCUGCACCUGGAUAUGCUGGAUCAUGGCAGCGUGAAUCUAAGGGCUACCAAUUCUGGACACAAACUGAUGAAACUGGUUCGUUCACCAUAACAAGCGUUCGAGCAGGCAAGUACAACUUGUAUGCUUGGGUACCAACCGUAGUCGGGGACUUCAAACAUAAAUUCAACAUUCUAAUCAAACAAGGCAGCAUAGUUGAACUUGGCGACGUUGUGUACACUCCUCCUAGAAAUGGGCCGACACUGUGGGAGAUCGGAAUUGCUGAUCGUACCGCAGCUGAGUUCUACAUUCCUGAUCCAGACCCUACCCUAGUAAACAAACUAUUCAUCAACCACACUGACAAAUAUAGACAAUAUGGCUUGUGGGAGAGAUACGCACACUUGUAUCCUGAUCAAGAUCUCACUUACAUUGUUGGAAAGAGCGACUAUCGGAAACACUGGUUUUUCGCCCAUGUAAACAGAAAGGUGAAGAGAGGCUAUAAACCGGCCACAUGGAAGAUAAUAUUCGACGCAACGAAUGUGACGAGGGGAGCAAAUUACACACUGAGGCUGGCAUUAGCUUCUGCUCAAUGUGCUAACAUACAAGUAUGGAUCAACGACGAUCCAAAUGGUAAUCUCCCUCACUUUGAGACUGGAAGAAUUGGGAAAGAUAACGCGAUAGCGAGACAUGGGAUUCAUGGGCUAUACUGGUUGUAUAGUAUAAAAGUAGAUGGAUUUAAGCUUGUGCAUGGAACAAAUACCAUUUAUCUCAAGCAGUCACUACAGUUUGGCGCUUUCAACAGUGUUUUAUAUGAUUACAUUCGCCUCGAAGCACCAACUACUUGAAAUUGGAAUAUUCAUUUAGUAGCUACUAUCAUAAAAUAGAAAAAAGAUUCAGAUUUAGAGGGCAAGUUUGUUCCCUUUGUAUUCUUCGUAUUGUUCUUAUAUACACAUGAUCUUCCACCCUAUUCACAUU